AGGAACUGUUAGUUUCGAUCGAACCGUAUUAGUUCUCGGACAUCGAAUCAGCUCGUAAUAAUUAUCAGUCUGUGUUAAAUGAAAUUUUUAUACUAGUCGUCAAAUAUCCAAUAGUUUGGAAUACUUGACGUGACGGUAAAAAUGUCGCAAAUUUUAAUGAAUCAAGACUAUUUUCGUUCAAAAAAUAAUGCGGAGGACAUUAUUAAGUUACAAGAAUUCUUAAUUAAUAAGAAUAUUAGACAAGAAAAUUUAGAGAAUAGAGCCUUGAUAAGAACUAUGAUGCGAGAGACGGCGAAAAAAUUUGCUGACAGGCAACCAAUGACGUUGGAAAUAGACACGUUUAUCAAUACGAUUGGUACUUUUACGAUUGAUCACUUGAAGGAAGUUAAGCUGUUUCGAAUAAAUUAUGGCAUAUUGACUGUGGCUUGCGUUGAACAUUUUCUCUACCCCGGGGAAGACAAUGAAGAAUAUAUGAAGAUAUAUUCUUGCGACAAAGAAAAGGCGAUCGAAGUAUAUCGUACACUGCGAGGUUUUCCGAGUACUCCCGACGGUACCUUAUCUAGAUCGGUUAGAUCUUUCUUUAAUUGCCCAAAGUUUUCGAAAGACAAUCAAUACUUGGAAGCAAUAAGAUCAUAUUUGAGAAGUCUUCAAAUUAAUAACGAGGAUAUGCAUUACAUAAGGAAAACAUCAAUUGAAUUAAUUGAUACUCUAGAAGCUAUGAACAUUCUUGAACGACCAGUACUCGAGGAAUUGCCUUCUGUUACUCAUAAAAUAUGGCAAUCUUUUAUAACUAAAAAAUAUUUUCUUGAAAAAUCCAAUGCAAAUUGUAUUAUUAGAUUACAAAAUUAUUUAAAAGAGAAAGUCAUUGAAGAACCAAGUUUAGAGAAUAACUCAAAUUUAAUCAAUAUACUACACGAGGGGAUGCAUCUGUUUUUAAACGAUGAACCUUCAGUAUAUUAUUUAGACACGUUUCGAAAUACGAUUCUUGAUUUUACAAUUGACCAUUUGAAGCAAGUUGAACUGUAUCGUAUAAAUCGUGGCAUAUUGGCUGUCGCUUGCAUCGAACAUCUCCUCUACCCCGGGGAUAAUAUUGAAGAAUUUAUGAGAAUAUACAGUUGCGAUAGUCGCAGGGCGACCAGGAUAUAUAAUAAACUACGAGGUUUUUCAGAGGACAGGAUUCAAGACGUUGACACAAUCAGGGCGACGAUAAAUUUUUUUAAUUGCGAAAAUUGUCUAACAGACAAUGAUGAUUACCUAUCAAACAUAAGAGGGUAUUUGAGAGCUCUUCCAAUUAAUCAGGAUGAGUUGAAAUAUAUAAAAGAUGAAUCUCGUAAAGCUAUUGAUUCUACGUCACGCCAAGAACAACAUGAAUUUCUUAGACCUCAAAUACCUCCACCUGUCGCUCGCCGACCUCGACCUAUUGCUCGCCGACCUCAACCUAUUGCUCAGCCAGCUCAACCUCAUGAGGAAAUUUUAUUGACUGAACAAUAUUUUUGUAGAAAAACGACUGCACAUACUAUUAUUAGAUUAGUGGAGUAUUUGAAUGCCCGAGAUAUUGAAGAACAAGAUUUAGAGAGAAUUACAAUAGUAAGGGAAAUAUUGCGUAGCGUGAUCAAAAAAUUUGCCGACAGGAGUCCAACACUGUCGGAACUCCACACGUUUCGAGAUACGAUUCAUGAUUUUUCAAUUGAUUAUUUGAAGGAAGUUAAUCUGUUUCAUAUAAAUCAUGGAAUAUUGGUCGUUGCGUGUGUUGAGCAUUUUUUGUACCCGACGGCAUGUAAUGAACAUUAUUUGAAGAUAUAUAAUUGCAGCAGACGGAGGGCGACCGUGUUAUUUAAUAAGUUGUGUGGUUGUCCAGAACAUAAUAAACCCGACAAUUUCUUAGUCAUUUCGACAAGAGAUUUUUUUAGAUCCCGUCAUUUUUUAAUGGACAAUCGAUACUUAGAAGCAAUAAGAUCAUAUUUGGAAAAAAUUUACAUCAGUGAUGACGAGUUGACUUUUAUAAAAGAUGAAUCAAUUCGCAUAAUUUAUAGUCAACAAGUUAAUGAGCAACCGCCAACAAUCCGUGUAGAUCUUCUACCUAACGCUCAACCACCUCAACUUAUCGAACAGCCACCUCCGCCUAACGCUCGAUUACCUCCACGCAAUCCGCAAAUUCUAAUAACUCGAGAAUAUCUUCAAAAAAAAUCUGGGGCACAAGCUAUUAUUAAUAUAGUAAAUUACUUAAAUGACAACGACAUUACAGAGCAAGUAUUAAGUGAUACAGACUCGAUAAGGACUAUGAUGCGAGAGACGAUGAGCAUAUUUGCAGACAGGAAUCCAACACCGUUGGAAUUAAACACGUUCAAAAAUACGAUUCUUGAUGCUGGAAUUGACUAUUGGACGGCCGUUAGUCUGUUUCGAAUAAAUCAUGGCAUAUUGGCCGUCGCUUGUGUUGAACAUCUUCUCUACCCCGGGGAAGAUAAUGAACAAUAUAUGAACAUAUAUGGUUGCAACGAAGAAACGGCGGAUUUGUUAUAUAGAAGACUGUGUGAUCUUUGUGAACUUCCGGUGGAAAAUAUACUCGACGAUGUCACAGUAAAAUCGGCUAAAUCUUUCUUUAAAUGCAAAAGAUAUAUAAGAACCAAUAAUGAUUAUCUAUCAACCAUAAGAGAGUAUUUGGGAAAUCUUCAAAUUUAUGAUGAAGAGUUGGAAUACAUAAAGGAAAAAUCAAUUGAUUUAAUUGGUCGUCCUAAACCUAUUGAUCAAUUACCCGUUGAGAAUAUAAUUGAUCCUAUCGAAGAUCAACCCCCGGCAGAGAAUAUAAUUGAUCCUGUCGAAGAUCAACCCCCGGCAGAGAAUAUAAUUGAUCCUGUCGAAGAUCAACCCCCGGCAGAGAAUAUAAUUGAUCCUGUCGAAGAUCAAUUACCGGCAGAGAAUAUAAUUGAUCCUGAAGAAGAUCAAUUACCGGCAGAGAAUAUAAUUGAUCCUGAAGAAGAUCAAUUACCGGCAGAGAAUAUAAUGGAAGAUCAACAACCAAAUUUGCGCGAAAACAACGAGCAGCCUCGUGCGUCUACCCCGGAAAAUCAUGCUCCUCCACCAAUCGUACCAAUACCAGUAAACCAUGAAUUUACUGUACGGUACAGUAUUCACCAGAAAAUAAUGGCAAACAGAAUGUCAAAUUCAUUCUUUUGGCCAGCAAAGAUUAUGAAUAUUAACAAUCAAUCGAUGACUGUUCAAUUUUACACAUUCCCACGAGGAGAGAGGCAAGUUAUUUCAUCGAGAGAUGAUAUCAAAAGUAUGGAGAAAGAAACACACGAUAAAAUUUACGCAUCUCUGCCAAGAGAGUUACGUAAACCUUUUAAUUUGGCAGUGCUAGAGGCGCUUGGUGAAAACGUGCAUGACGGAUGGUAAAAUUGUAUUUAUUGAAUCGAAACGCUUUUAUAGCAUUGUGUGAUUUCUGAAAUUGUUAUAAAAUUUUGGAUUUAUUUUAUCAGUA